UUGAUCAAAACAUCCUAAAUUGAAAUAUUGGGCACUUAAGUUUAUCUUUUAAGAGGUGAGGGUGGCAUGCAAAAUGCAGUUUAUCUUCACUGAAACAGCAGAAGCCAGAGUUGAUAGAACUUUAGAAAUUUUACUGCCAAGAAGGGAUUAAGAAAGCACUAAGCAUCCUGCUGAAAGCCAAAUCUCUUCUAAAACAAAGUGAGUGUGGUCUAGGGUUUAUUUAAAUGGGCUUUGGCCAUUGUUUCUCAAACUAAAUCUUGCCUCAUUCAUAGAUUACAUGAUGGAAAUUAUUAUAGACUACUGAGUGGCCUUUGGUGAAAUUGAGGUUUUGUGGUGUGUGUGUGUGUGUGUGUGUUUUAAAAAUUCUUAUUUAUUUCAGGUUCAGACACCAGUUCCAUGAUUUUCAUUCCUUUUGUUUUGAAUAGGACCUGAGGGUGGUCACUAUCAAAAUUAGAAUUUAUGAAAACUGCACAACCCUGGACAGUCUCACUGCCUUAUAUCAGCCCCUUCUUAAAGACUACAGCAGGACUUUAUUGAUCUGAUCCAAGGUAUCUUGAGACUGCUGGCUGGAAUUAAGAUUCUUCAGCUUGUUGUCUCUAACCGAAGAAACAUUGAUUGGGAACUGCUCAUUCAGAAAAUUAAAAGAAAGAAGCCACAACAUAUUAUUAACCCUUUGAGAAUACAACAUAACGAAUUUUGCCAUUUUACUACUUCCUUGAAUAGAAGAGGUCACAGGGCGUGGAAGAAUGGCAGAUGAUCGGAAAGAUGAAGGAAAGGCGCCUCACUGGACCUCAGCUCAACUAACAGAGGCAUCUGCACACCCACAUCCACCUGAGAUUAAGGAUCAAGGCGGGGCAGGGGAAGGACUUGUCAGAAGCGCCAAUGGAUUCCCAUACAGGGAGGAUGAAGAGGGCGCCUUUGGAGAACAUGGGUCACAGAGCACCUAUUCAGAUACCAAAGAGAAUGGAAUCAACGGAGAGCUGACCUCAGCUGACAGAGAAACAGCAGAGGAAGUGUCUGCAAGGAUAGUUCAAGUAGUCACGGCUGAGGCUGUAGCGGUCCUGAAAGGUGAACAAGAGAAAGAAGCUCAACAGAAAGAUCAGCCUGCAGCUCUGCCUUUAGCAGCUGAAGAAACAGCUAAUCUGCCUCCUUCUCCACCUCCAUCACCAGCCUCAGAACAGACCAUCACAGUGGAAGAAGGUUUACUUCCAGCCUUGAAGAUGGAGUUCCAUGAUCAACAGGACUUGACUCCCUCUCCAGCUGAGCCAUUAGACAAGAAGGACAAGGAGUCAGAGAAACAAAGCAAGCCUGGUGAAGACCUUAAACAUGCUGCCUUAGUUUCUCAGCCUGAGACAACUAAAAUUUCCCCUGACAAAAAGGACAUGCAAGGCCCAGAGGAAGAAAAAGCACCUCCCACUCUGUUUGGGCAUACUCUUGGUGCCGGGCUAGAAGACACGAAACAGAAGAUAGAACCAAGCCCCGUGGUGCCUGGUAUUGGCCUCUCUGCAGAGCCCCCAGCUCCAAAAGAGCAAAAGGACUGGUUCAUCGAAAUGCCAACGGAAGCCAAAAAGGAUGAGUGGGGUUUAGCUGCUCCCAUCUCGCCUGGCCCUCUAACCCCCAUGAAGGGAAAAGAUGUCCUUGAGGAUAUCCCCAAAUGGGAGGGGAAACAGUUUGAUUCUCCCAUGCCCAGUCCCUUUCAGGCUGGCAGCUUCACUCUUCCUUUAGAUGUCAUGAAGAAUGAAAUAGUUGCAGAAGCAUCGCCCUUUGCCCCUGCCCUAUUACAACCAGAUGACAAAAAAUCUCUGGAAGAAACCAGUGGCCCAGCAACUGCCAAAGAUAGUUUUAAAGCUGAAGAGCCCCAUGAGGAUAAACCUGACAAAAUGGCAGAAGCGCCAGCCCCAGAGGCAUUCACCUUACCCAAAGAUGCCCACAUUCCGACCGUGGAAGAAUGUGUCCCAGAGAAAGUUUUGGGAGAGGAGAAAGGGGCAAUAAAGCAAGAGAGUGCACAGAAAAAAGAGCAGGAGGUGACACUUACUGAAAAGGAAUCUCCACUAAAGCUUGAAGAAAAGACAACCAUUUCUGACAAAGAAGCCGUGCCAAAAGAGAGUGAGCCCCCGAAACUGACAGAUGGAGAAACAGGCAUAAUUCAGCCCUGCAUGGAGCACACCCUCUCAAAAGAAGAGCAGAAAGUCCAAGAGCCUACCACAGAGCCAUUAAAACAGGACUCAUUCCCUGUCAGUGUGGAACAAGCAGUGACAGACUCAGCUGUGAUCUCUAAGACACUGGGGAAAGUCAUGACCGAACCAAUGGCAGUAAGUGAAAAGAGUGCAGUCCAGGACCUCUUUGAAGAAAAAGUUGCAGACAAAGAUAUUAAGAUGGAAGGGGUUGGGCCUGCAACAUCAGCGGAGCUUGACAUGCCGUUUUACGAAGAUAAGUCAGGAAUGUCCAAGUAUUUUGAAACAUCCGCCUUGAAAGAAGAAGUGACAAAAAGCAUCCAGCCAGGCAGUGAUUACUAUGAACUCAGUGACACCAGAGAAAGUGUCCAAGAGUCUUUUGACACCCUAUCUCCUGUGUGUAAAAAUGGAGACAAGGGACUUGAGGCGGGUAAAGAACCCCAGCCCAGUGCUCCAGCACAAGAAACAGGGUACAGCACUCUUGCACAGAGUUAUCCGUCUGAUUUACCUGAAGAACCUAGUUCUCCUCAAGAAAGAAUGUUUACUAUUGACCCAAAAGUGUAUGGGGAGAAGCGGGAUCUCCACAGUAAGAAUAAGGAUGACUUGACGCUAAGCAGGAGUUUAGGACUUGGUGGGAGGUCUGCAAUAGAACAGCGAAGCAUGUCAAUCAAUUUGCCCAUGUCUUGCCUGGAUUCCAUAGCCCUUGGAUUUAACUUUGGUCGGGGACAUGAUCUCUCUCCUCUGGCUUCUGAUAUUCUAACCAACACUAGUGGAAGUAUGGAUGAAGGGGAUGAUUACCUUCCAGCCACAACACCUGCACUGGAGAAAGCCCCCUCUUUCCCAGUAGAAAGCAAAGAGGAAGACCAGACAGAGGGAGGAAAAGCUGCCGGAGAGGAAAGUACUCAAGUCGAGACCUCGUGUGAGUCACCUUUCUUAGCCAAAGAUUACUACAAAAAUGGUACUGUCAUGGCCCCUGACCUGCCGGAAAUGCUAGAUCUGGCAGGCACAAGGUCAAGAUUAGCUUCCGUGAGUGCAGAUGCUGAGGUUGCCAGGAGGAAGUCAGUCCCAUCAGAGACUGUGGUCGAGGAGAGUAGUACCGGCUUGCCCCCUGUCACCGAUGAAAACCACGUCAUUGUUAAAACAGACAGUCAGCUUGAGGACCUGGGUUACUGUGUGUUCAAUAAAUACACAGUCCCACUCCCAUCACCCGUUCAAGACAGUGAGAAUUUGUCAGGGGAGAGUGGUUCCUUUUAUGAAGGCACAGAAGAUAAAAUGCGAAGAGAUCUAGCCACAGACCUGUCCUUGAUUGAAGUAAAAUUGGCAGCUGCCGGAAGAGUCAAAGAUGAGUUCGGUGCUGAGAAAGAAGUACCCCCGCAUAUCUCUGGUGACAAAUCGGGACUGGGUAGGGAGUUUGAUCAGGAGAGGAAAGCUAAUGAUAAGCUGGAUACUGUUCUGGAAAAGAGUGAAGAACAUGUUGAUGCAAAAGAACACGCCAAGGCAACAGAAGAGGCCAGUGAUGAAGUUGAAACAUUUGGCUUAGGAGUAACCUACGAGCACAUUCCCACCAAAGAACUGACCGUUUCAAAAGACACAUCACCUCCCAUGGCCGAGAAAGCUGAGAAAGGUCUUAGUUCAGUGCCAGAAGUAGCUGAGGUCGAACCAUCCAAAAAAGCUGAACCAGAACUGGAUUUUGUUGCAAUGAAAGAUGACCAGGGUCAGCUAGAUGUGAAAAUCAGUGACUUUGGACAGAUGGCCGCAGGGCUGGCGGUAGACGCUGGAAAGGCAACAGAGCUUAAGCUCGAGGCUACUCAAGAUCUCCCCCCCUCAUCUGGAGCACCUCAGGAGGAAGACGCGUUUAUGAGCGUUGAGGCUAGCCACAUGAAAGAAGGCACUAAAGUCAGUGAGACGGAAAUCAAGGAGAAGGUGGCCAAGCCUGACUUGGUGCACCAGGAGGCUGUAGACAAGGAAGAGUCCUACGAGUCAAGUGGUGAGCAUGAGAGCCUCACCAUGGAGUCCUUGAAAGCCGAUGAGGGCAAGAAGGAAACAUCCCCAGAAUCCUCUCUAAUUCAAGAUGAGAUUGCCAUCAAAUUGUCAGUGGAAAUACCUUGUGCACCUGCUGUCUUGGAGGCUGAUUUAGUCCCAGAUGAGAGAGCUGAUGUCCAGAUGGAAUUUAUUCAGCAGCCGAAAGAAGAAAGCAAAGAAACCCCAGAUAUCUCUGUCACGCCCUCCGACGUCGCAGAGCCAUUGCCCGAAGCCACCAGGGCUGAACCGGCAGAGGCUCAGAGUGAGGAAGAAGAGAUAGAAGCCCGGGGAGAAUAUGAUAAACUGCUCUUCCGCUCCGACACCCUUCAGAUUACCGACCUGGGCGUCCCAGGUGUCAGGGAGGAAUUUGUGGAGACCUGCCCUGGUGAGCACAAAGGAGUGAUCGAGUCUGUUGUGACCAUCGAGGAUGACUUUAUCACUGUGGUGCAAACCACAAUGGAUGAGGGGGAGUCAGGUUCCCACAGCGUGCGUUUUGCAGCCCUGGAGCAGCCUGAGGUGGAGAGGAGAUCGUCCCCCCACGCUGAAGAAGAGCUCGAAGUAGAAGAGGCAGCCGAAGCCCAGGCGGAACCCAAGGAUGGCUCCCCGGAGGCUCCCGCUUCCCCUGAGAGAGAAGAGGUUGCACUCUCAGAAUAUAAGACGGAAACCUAUGACGAUUACAAAGACGAGACCACCAUUGAUGACUCCAUCAUGGAUGCUGACAGCCUCUGGGUGGACACUCAAGAUGAUGAUAGGAGCAUCAUGACAGAACAGUUAGAAACUAUUCCUAAAGAGGAGAAAGCUGAAAAGGAAGCUCGGAGACCAUCUCUUGAGAAACAUAGAAAAGAAAAGCCUUUUAAAACCGGGAGAGGCAGAAUUUCCACUCCUGAAAGAAAAAUAGCUAAAAAGGAACCUAGCACAGUCUCCAGAGAUGAAGUGAGAAGGAAAAAAGCAGUUUAUAAGAAGGCUGAACUUGCUAAAAAAACAGAAGUUCAGGCCCACUCUCCCUCCAGGAAAUUCAUUUUAAAACCUGCUAUCAAAUAUACUAGACCAACUCAUCUCUCCUGUGUUAAGCGGAAAACCACAGCAACAGGUGGUGAAUCAACUCAGGCUUCCAGUGUAUUUAAACAGGCAAAGGACAAAGUCUCUAAUUCUACCUUGUCAAAGAUUCCUGCCUUACAGGGUAGCUCAAAGUCCCCAAGAUGCAGCUCUGCUUGCCCUAGUACGUCUCAAAGGGCUUCAUUUUCUGACAGGUUUUCAAUACAGCCCACCUCAGCAGGCUCCACAGACCGUUUGCCAUACUCAGAAUCAGGGAACAAGGAUGGAGUAACCAAGAGCCCAGAAAAGCGCUCUUCUCUGCCCAGACCCUCCUCCAUUCUCCCUCCUCGUCGAGGUGUAUCAGGAGACAGAGAUGAGAAUUCCUUCUCUCUCAACAGUUCCAUCUCCUCUUCAGCACGGCGGACUACCAGGUCAGAGCCAAUUCGCAGAGCAGGGAAGAGUGGCACUUCCACACCCACUACCCCUGGAUCAACUGCCAUCACUCCUGGCACCCCACCAAGCUAUUCCUCACGCACCCCAGGCACUCCUGGAACCCCGAGCUACCCCAGGACCCCUCACACGCCAGGAACCCCCAAAUCGGCCAUCUUGGUGCCCAGCGAGAAGAAAGUUGCCAUCAUACGUACGCCUCCAAAAUCUCCUGCUACUCCCAAGCAACUUCGGCUUAUUAACCAACCACUGCCAGACCUGAAGAAUGUCAAAUCCAAAAUCGGAUCGACAGACAACAUCAAAUACCAGCCUAAAGGGGGGCAGGUUAGGAUUUUAAACAAGAAGAUCGAUUUUAGCAAGGUUCAGUCCCGAUGUGGUUCCAAGGAUAACAUCAAACAUUCUGCUGGGGGCGGAAAUGUACAGAUUGUUACCAAGAAGAUAGACCUAAGCCAUGUGACAUCCAAAUGUGGCUCUCUGAAGAACAUCCGCCACAGGCCAGGCGGUGGCCGUGUGAAAAUUGAGAGUGUAAAACUGGAUUUCAAAGAAAAGGCCCAAGCUAAAGUCGGCUCACUUGACAAUGCUCACCACGUACCUGGAGGUGGUAACGUCAAGAUCGACAGCCAGAAGUUGAACUUCAGAGAGCAUGCAAAGGCCCGUGUGGACCACGGAGCUGAGAUCAUUACGCAAUCCCCAGGCAGAUCCAGCGUGGCGUCCCCCCGACGACUCAGCAAUGUCUCCUCUUCUGGAAGCAUCAACCUGCUCGAAUCCCCUCAGCUUGCCACUUUGGCCGAGGAUGUCACUGCUGCACUCGCUAAGCAGGGCUUGUGAAUAUUUCUCAUUUAGCAUUGAAGUAAUAAUAUUUAGGCAUGAGCUCUUGGCAGGAGUGGGCUCUGAGCAGGUGUUAUAGUCAUUCUUUACAAACCGUAAAAUAAAUAAUCUCAUUCCCAAACUGUAGUAAUUGUUACAAUUUUAUAAAAAACAAUGAAUAGUAUAUGCAGAAAUUGACUUGGUUUCCAUUUUCAGCAGGAAGACACUGGCUUUACAUGAGUACAAUUGGACAAUUAUUUUUGCUCUGCUGUUUUGCAUGGAGUAUUAUUAUUUCAAAUAUUGCAUUUUUACCUUUCAUGUGCCUGAAGGCUAUCCAUACAUUCUGAAAGGCCUUGUUGAAAUCCAAGCUGCUCAUUCCACUCUUCUGUUGCUGGGUGAAAAGAUAAAAGCUGCCCAUUUUAACUUAUUACAGGUUAAAUUAAAUCAAGGAGUCUGAUUGCAGGAAGGAAAGAGCAUGUAAGAAAUACGGUUUUUUUUUUAAGUGUUAUUUUGUAUAAAUGGGAAGAAAGAUUCAGUUAAGUUAUUAACAUUUGGGACCUGGAUAAUUAUAUCAGAGUAUAAGUCAAUCCAAUAAAUUAUUUAACUAAUUAAAAAUAGUUACGAAGCAUUUGAGCUGUGGUUGAGGAAGCGAUAUAAAAGUGCAUCUCUUAGGAAUGAAGCACUUUCAUUAGGAUGGACUCGUGUCUGAUUAGAAUGUCAGUUGAUCAGCUAGAUUUGUGUCCACACUACCAGCUUCACACUCCCUUUCCAUCUGUUUGAUACAGUGUUAUAGAUAUAAAUAUAUAUAUAUUUCUCUGUGGCCAUUUGUGAUACUUCCUCAUAUACUUGAAUAUUAUACUUCCUUAUUCACAGUAUCUGUGUCUCCUGCACCCUUUGGUGUUGCAAUUUUAGGUAUGUGAAAGUAGAUGUUAGCAGGGUUCUUUCCCUAUUUAAAAAAAAUACAUUAAAAAAGAACAAAAAGUUUUAGCAUGAAGUUGCUUCCUGUAACAACUCAGAGCUGUAACCCUGUUUUAGUGCCAGAAACAAGUCUCUCCCGUGAUGGUAGGAAAAUUUAUUUUUCUUUGCUUUCACCAACAUGGAGUUUGUGGGGGUGGGUCCAGUUAUACAUUAAAAGGGUUUACAGAUUGUUGGUUUAAGUAAGAUUUUGGAUUUAUCUCAUUUUGAAUUAUGGAAUAGUUUGGGUUUUAUUCCUGUAAUCAUUCAAGAAACAGACUUCUGAAGAUUUCUUUUUUUUUUUUUUCCCUUUGCUAAAGUUGAAACUAACAGAGGGAGUUUGGGACAUGUUGUCCCACUCUUCCAGACAUUGCCUGCUAAUUAAAUUAUCUGAGAGAAAAUAUUUGGCUUCCUUACCCAAAGUAAAGAGCCUUGAUCAAAAAGGACAAGUACAGUUAUUCGAGAACCUAUAGCUACACAACACUUGAGAUACAGAUAUCUAAAUCAGUUUUUUCAGGAUUCUAACAUUGCCCUCUGUGAAGGAACACUUUAUGACUUAGUAUUACUUAUCAACAGAUAAUACUGGUGUGACUUAAUCUACAGCCUGGGAAAUCACCAAUUAAUUCCUCUCACAAAUCAUUCAUCUUAGACUGGUGAAAAGCAAUUAAAUAGUCAAUGGCCUGAAUAAGCAGUCAGUUACCAGUCUGGGUGGAUAUUUUUAGUAUUUUAUCUGUUCUUUUUCUUGCUCAGGGCUGGUAGGUUGGUUCUGAACCAUUAAAAGCAAAUAGUCUGAUAGGUGUCUGAUCCCCGUGAGCCGAAUCAAUUCCUGACUAUAUAGGAGGAAGUGAUGAGCAUGGAUGAGGCAACGAGGAAGUACAGUAGCAUCUAGGAAAGCAGCCAAGGGAUGCAAAGACAGAGAGACACAGGUGCCAUUUGUGACCCCCUGAAUACUGCAACCAAUGUGACUUCCACCAAAAAAAAAAAAAAACUGUAGGAGCAAAAACAUAGCACUCAUUCUCAACUAAUAGGUUUUGCAUAAGCAAACGUGUCUGAAAAUGUUAAUAAAUCAAUUCUUUUAUACAACAGUCAAAAAAUUAGAAACUAUGGAGUAUGACUAUGGAUGGGUCUAUUUUCUGCCUAAUAAUGAUGUGGAUUUGACCUAUCUGAGCAUUUUAUUCCUCAGCUUCCCUUGAAAUGCACUAGAAAAUUGGAGAAGAGUAGUUGUGUGGAGACCUAUGGUAUUUUCCUACAUGUUUAAUAGUGUUAGGUAGUGAUUAAAGUUCUUUAGAAAGAAGGAGUUAACAGCAGGUUAGAACAGUUUUAACCUACAAAAUAAGUAUUUUCUACCAACUUGGUUUACAUUUUUUAUAAAAGGUAAGAAUAAGUAAUUAUGCUUUACAUAUUAAAAUUCUGUUUCUUACAAAUGCAUGCCCAAGAUAAAGAUUAUAUAAAGCCCUAAGAUACUAGAUUUGGCAUUAAAACAAAUGUUUAUUUCAAAUCUCAGCAAAAUUAUAAUGAAUAAAUGCCCUUCCUUUGUAUGGAAAUAUGAUUCUUUAUAAUGUUAACAAAAAGAAACUGAUAAUUUGUACCAAUAGAAGAGAGAAACACACAGGCUAAAUGUCUUCUUAUGGGGACAGGGGUUGGAACCUAUCUUGCCUUCACUCUCAAGAUUAACGACGCAAAUUAAGCUUUUUGAACACCACUCUUGUGGGGGUACCCAUACGCUGAUCUAGAAAUUAAAGCUUCAUAGUUCCAAUUCUAGAUCUAUUACUGCCAGUUUCUCUCCGGCUUUAGCCUUUGAGAACCUGUUUAAGGAUACAUAAGUAAUCCAGAGCUGUGAAGAGUUAAAAGGCCAGCUUCUUCAAUGAACUCGCUCUCUCCGGGUCACCUGCAGCCGAUAAUUGGGUACUUUAUAAUGAUGCAGGAAAGAUCCGAGUUGAUGAUGAGUUUCAAAGGCCCUGUUCAUUUAGGAACCAACUCUCUCUGGAUUCUCCUGCUGAGUUCCAGCAGGGUGAUAGGCUGAAAUCCCAGCCCCAAGCAGGACACCUGUGUAACACCAACUCGGUAUGGCUGAAGAAGGCUGAAGAGAGAACUUCAUUAAAUGGAAGAAUCUGCUGAUGAUAGCCGACCUCCACACAUUCAUACAGUAAUACAGCAGGAAAGAGGAUCAUCAGCCAAAAUAUAACAUCCAUGUCAAUAUUGUUAAAGAAAUCAUCUCAAAGCGGUUGAUUCUGACCUUGCUACAAUUACACUUUUUGUCCGAUUUUUCAUGCCACAAAAAUGAGGAAAAUAAACUAUUCAUGGUCUAAGUAGCCAAGAAAAAAAAAAUAGAAUCGUGGCUUGGAAAGGCAAAGUCUAGGCAUUCCUUCCAAAACUGAUGUGUUAAAAUCAGCACUGAUGUUUGUUUUUUUACACCUAGGAUUUUUAGCCUGGGUGUGUAGGUUGAGGCCAAGUCCCUCUGCAGGAAAGAGCUUAUUUUUAAACUCACAAAAUGUCAAUCAUGAAAAUCUACUUCAACUUUAGCAAAAAGAAAAAAAAAUCAACAAAAAGUAUACUCUGUAUGCUGGGAUUCCAAGGUUCCAACAUGCCGCUACAAAUCUCUGGGGGGUUUCUUUCUUCUGAUAAUUCUAGAGCCUGUUACCAUAGAAAGGCAUUUCUUCAAUGGCUGGUUGUAGUUAGUUCAUGUUUUUCAAUCAAAAUUUGCAAAUGUAUUUGUUGCUGUAUAGUGAUUGUUUUGCAAAAUAAAAUUGCUUGUC